ACACCGGCUGACAGGCGCGGGCGCCCUGGGGCGGGACUUCCGGCGGCUCCGGCAAGCGUCUUCCGACCGUGCGAGGGUGGUCCGGCCGGCCACCGGGACAUGAAGGAGGACGUGGGCGGCGUGCGGGUGCGGACAAGAGCCGCAGCUCUUCGAGCGUGGACCCGUGAGAACGAGCGUGUGCGAAUAAGACCCUGAGUGGGAGCAGCACGGCCUAAUGUGACAGGUCACCAGAGCUGAGCCCAGAGGGGUCCGGGGACAGUGGUUGGUGGCACAACCGGACCUCUGCUGGACUCCUGUUUCCAUCGCCCUGUCGUUAGCGCAGUGGCCACCCGUCCUCUGCCCGCCUCCUCAGCCUGAGGGCAUGAUGACAGGACCUGCCGGGUGUGGCGAGCCGCCUGCUGCAGCCCGCGGUCAUAAAUGUCCCAGCGGGCUGCGGUCCUGCCUCCGAGUGCCUUCACCCCUCCCCGCAGGAACCCAGUUGGCUCCAGAAUUUGCGCUCAAAGACGAGAGCUGGGAUGAGUAACAACACACUUGCUGUUCUGUUAAUGCCAAAGUCGGCUCAGGGUCCAGCCUGGUGUCAGUGACAGACACUCGGGGCACAUCGUUCAGCAUUUCUCUCAAACGGCACAUCACUGAAUAGCAAGGCCAACUGGACUGGUGAAAGCCGGUGUCUGAAAGUGCCAUGGAAGAGACACGGUCAGAGAGCGUCACAGAGCACGGGCUCUGCUCAGCACCUUCCCUGUACUCACACAUGCAUGCACUCUGCGUGUGGGCGUGUGAACCCAGCUGUGGUCAGCACUCUUACUGUGGGUUUCGAUGAAAAACACUUGAACAUCACCAUGGGGACUCACUGUCCUUUGGUCACACACAUGGCUGAACCAAUCGUCCCAGGAGCUUAGAGCCUCAGAUGGUGGGCUCCUGGCUGCCUCACUCACAAUGGGUCUGAAGCCCCGCCUCCUGCAGCCCUCUGGUUUGGGUGUGUAACGACUGCUGGGUGACCGCAAGCGCGCAUGGUCACCACACACUGCACUCCCUUCCAGGGCCAUUCCGCACAAAGGAGGUCAUGGGGCGUGAAGACACGUUCUGACAUAACAGGAUGCAGGAGCUCAGCAGCCAGCUCUGGCAGGACCAUGAUGCCUUGGGCAGAGAAGCAGGCCCCGGACCCCACCCGUGACCGCCCCGCCUGUAACCUGCCCGCCAUGAAGGCGCUCCUGCACGUGCUCUGGCUUGCUCUGGCUUGCGGCUCUGCUCACACCACCCUGUCGAAGUCGGACGCCAAGAAGUCCGCCUCCAAGACACUGCAGGAGAAGACUCAGUUCUCAGAGACGCCGGUGCAGGACCGGGGUCUGGUGGUGACAGACCCCCGAGCCGAGGACGUGGUGCUUGAGCACCGCAGCUACUGCUCGGCGAGGGCCCGGGAGCGACACUUUGCUGGGGACGUCCUGGGCUAUGUCACCCCAUGGAACAGCCAUGGCUACGACAUCGCCAAGGUCUUCGGGGGCAAGUUCACGCAGAUCUCACCUGUGUGGCUGCAGCUGAAGAGGCGUGGCCGGGAGAUGUUCGAGGUCACAGGCCUCCAUGACGUGGACCAAGGGUGGAUGCGCGCCGUCAGGAAGCAGGCCAAGGGCCUGCGCAUAGUGCCCCGGCUCCUGUUUGAGGACUGGACUCGUGAGGACUUCCGGAGCGUCUGGGACAGCGAGGACGAGAUAGAGGAGCUCAGCAAGACCGUGGUCCAGGUCGCCAAGAGCCAGCACUUCGACGGCUUUGUGGUGGAGGCCUGGAGCCAGCUGCUGAGCCAGGAGCGCGCGGGUCUCGUCCACAUGCUCACCCACAUGGCGGAGGCGCUGCACCAGGCCCGGCUGGUGGUCAUCCUGGUCAUCCCACCAGCCGUCACCCCCGGGACCGACCAGCUGGGCAUGUUCACGCACAAGGAGCUGGAGCAGCUGGGCCCCGUGCUGGACGGGUUCAGCCUCAUGACCUACGACUACCCGACCGCGCAGCAACCGGGCCCCAACGCGCCGCUGUCCUGGGUGCGAGCCUGUGUCCAGGUCCUGGACCCCAAAUCCAAGUGGCGGAGCAAGAUCCUCCUGGGGCUCAACUUCUAUGGCAUGGACUACUCGGCCUCCAGGGAGGCCCGCGAGCCUGUCGUUGGGACCAGGUACAUCCAGAUGCUGAAGGAGCACCGGCCCCGGAUGGUGUGGGACAGCCAGGCCGCAGAGCACUUCUUUGAGUACAAGAAAAGCCGAGGAGGGAGGCACAUCCUCUUCUACCCAACUCUGAAGUCCGUGCAGGUGCGGCUGGAGCUGGCCCGGGAGCUGGGCGUCGGGCUGUCCAUCUGGGAGCUGGGCCAGGGCCUGGACUACUUCUACGACCUCCUCUAGGCUCCGCCCUGCGGUGGCCUCGACUUCGAAGCGACAGGGGAUUCGUGGGCGUGCAAAAUACAGACUCUUCUCUGUC